AGCGAGGUAAGUGGCUCAAGCUUGGUCCGGGGGUCGGGAGUUCUCACAGACUCGUCCGUGAGGAGCGUCCCAUGCCUCCGCUCUUGCGGUCCUUGCCUGAUGGAUCGCCAGAAUCAGAUGGUGAAAGCAGAAGUCUUCUCCUGGCAAGCUCCGAGGGUAACUUCGCGCUAAUGGACUCUCUUUGGAAUCCAGGCCGCUUGAUCUCCACCGCAGCCUUGGCGCUUAUACUUGCUGGGUGCGUCGCCGUAUCGAUCUACAAGGCACCAAAGGUGGCUCAUGCCGUUUCAGCUGCAGAGUUGCAGCUGCAAGAAUUCGAGGAUGCAGACACGCGGUGUAUGUCGCAGUGUCCUAGCAGAAGACUGGCCGAGGCGCACUUUUCUUCUGCACGCUCGUUGGAGAAAUGUUUGCAAGACUGCCCCAGCACCGGAUUCCUCGCCUCCAUGGAGUUCGGCGAGUGCAAAGCCAAAUGCGAGAGAGAGCAUCCUCAGUCAGGCGCACAAGCGAAGAUGCCACACUCCGGUCCACCCAUGGAAGGGUGCCGGAAGCAGUGUGCGGAUGAGAUCAAAGGCAACUUUUGGCGCCUCAGGUACGAGCAAUGCGCGAAUCAUUGUGCAGCGCGAACCGCCGUGUCGGAGAUUGUCUUCCAGCAAAAGUACAACAUCUCGCUUCCGGAGAUGCAAGACUUGCAGUCCGAGGUCAUAGCCGUAUUGCGGACCAGGAUUACAUUUCAGCAGCGCUCGCCAGAUCACCCCUUCAGCUUCCUCAUUUUCCAGUUUCGGAAGAAGGCGGUGGAGUCCUUGACCAAAGCGCUGGGAACUUCAGAGAAGCCUGAGGUGGUCAUCAGGCCAUAUCGAGAUGGAGUCCAUCAUGUUCGGAUGGCGGCCAUGACAAAGGAUCCCGGCAACGAUUUGGAACUCGUCGUUGAUGUGAAGGCCUUGCCGAACUCGGGCCUGCAGAAGUUGGCUGAGCCUGGGACUCUGAAAGCCUUCGACCAGGAGCUGGCCGCCGCAAUCUCCGGCGACCGGAUGACAGAUGGCCUGGCGAAGUUGUACCCAACUGAAGCCCUGGAGAGCACCACCUCUUCCGUGGCCGGGCACUAUGAGUCCAUGGGUUGGCACACGGUGUGCCGUAUGAAUGAGGGGGACCUCACCCUCGAUGCCGGUGGAAAAGCGCGCGUUCUCCACGGCCAGACGCUGCAUUCCUGCUCCAUGCUUUGCAAUGACUGGCACACCUUCUGCUACGGCUUUGAGUUCCGCGCCGACCAGGGCCGAUGCGAGAUUUGGCCCACGCCGAUCUGCGCCCACAGCGAGGCGCAGGUGGAAGGCGCCAGCUUCGUGGAUUUCCGAUGCUUCAAGAGGUGUCAAGGUGCCGAAGAGCACUGAUGUCUUUCUGGAGCUUCAGGCCAAAGCGCCAAAGCGCGUGACGCGCGCGUCAGGGUGAGGCGACUUUGGUUCGACUGGGAUCUCUUCUGAGACGUGUUUUGGACUUUCCAGAGGUGUUGCCAGCAAUUCGUGCAUGGCCCCUUGCAAGCCCGCGAUUGAAGGCAAAGUUGCUGGGCAAGACGCUUGCCCGUUU